AUGUCCGCUCCCCGCCACCCAAACGCGGUUGUCAUCACUCCUCCUACGCAGACCGUCUCCCCGCUUAUACGAUUCGGCAGGUACACAGCUCUUGGUCUUGGGAUUCUGUGGGGAGCCUAUCGCCUUCGUCAAAUUCGCGAAUAUCACGCUGAUCUCCGUGAGUGGGAGCAUGAGAAGGCCGUCGCCAAAGCAACUGAGGAGGCAAAGAAGAAGAAGUGGCUCGCCAGGGAUGAAAUGCGCUACCUCAUGAAGGUCAUCGACCUUCCAUUCGAAGAGGGAGUCAGCCAGUUUGGUGUUGCUGAGCUAUAUAGGGAAGACUAG